AUGGCGCACAGUGAAAAUUUCCAAUUAAAUACUUUUCGAAGUUAUGUUACAAUAUUGGCCGAUAGCAAGGCGACGGAUGAUAAAAAAUUGCGUGCGGCCCAGGAGCUAAGUGAACAUUUCGAGGUGGUUGUGCAGAGUUCAUCGUAUCCAUCGUUUUUGGAGCAUUCGCUGAAGGCGUUUAUGCACUUUUUGCAGGAUGGUGAGCCACAGUUUAUACAGGAAUAUCAGGCACAUCAGGUGCGAAAAUUAAUUCUGGAAAUGAUCCAUCGCCUGCCCAUUAGUGAAAAUCUACGUCAACAUGUGAAAUCUAUAAUUUCGCUGAUGUUAAACAUCCUACAAAUUGAUAAUGAGGAAAAUGUUUUGGUCUGCCUGCGCAUCAUCAUUGAAUUGCACAAAAAUUUUCGACCAUCGUUUAAUAAUGAGGUCCAACAAUUCCUGGCCUUGGUCAAAAAAAUCUACACCGAGCUGCCCAAUCAUAUGAAUAAAAUUUUCGAACCCACACAACAAAUCAAAAUUAAAGAUCUCAAAGAGUUAAAUAUGGAACAGUUGCUGUCCGAAACAUAUGUCAUUAAGACAAUACAUUUGGAAAAUCCCACAGAUCCGGUGACCUUUCAAAUGUAUAAUCUACUACCCCGUGGCAUGUUAUCGCUAAGGGUCUUACAAGAAUUACCCAUUAUUGUGGUAUUAAUGUAUCAAAUCUAUAAGAAUGCCGUACACCAAGAAGUCUCAGAAUUUAUACCAUUAAUUAUGACAACCAUUAAUCUGCAACCCUCAACAGUACACAGAAGUUCCCAGUUUUUCAAUAAGGAAAUAUUCAUUGAUUUUAUGGGAGCCCAAAUUAAGACCUUGUCCUUUUUGGCCUACAUUGUACGACUGUUUCAAGAGAACAUUAUGAAUCAUUCGGCUUCGGUGACAAGUGGUAUAUUAAGCCUCAUGCAUUUGUGUCCCAAAGAAGCGGCCCAUUUGAGAAAGGAAUUGCUGAUUGCAGCAAGGCACAUAUUUGCCACGGAUUUGAGACAAAAAUUUAUACCCUCAAUUGAACGUCUGUUCGAUGAGGAUUUAUUAAUUGGCAAGGGUGUCACCUUGGACUCCAUACGCCCAUUGGCCUAUUCCACAUUGGCUGAUUUGGCCCAUCAUGUACGACAAAGUUUAAGUUUGGAUGUUUUGGAAAAAGCCAUUAAAUUAUUUUCAAAAAAUGUUCAUGAUGAGUCCUUGGCCACUGGCAUACAGACAAUGUCAUGUAAACUAUUACUUAAUUUGGUGGAUUGUGUUCGGCAACACAGUGAAGUAGAUCCACACAAGGCAAGAAGUCUAUUGACCACUUUGUUAAAGGUUUUCGUUUAUAAAUUUCAAACAAUUGCCAAAAUAACAUUGCCUACCAUUACACAGAGAUUGAAAGCUCAAUCAUCCUCAUCCACAUCCCCGGCCUCGAAUGCUACAGGUUUGGAUAACAAAGAUCCACCAGCCAUUAUGGACAGCGCCGCCGACUCAAUUGCCAAAAAUCAAUUGACCGGCAAUCAAAUGUUGUAUUCCCUGAACAUAGUUGAAUAUCGCAGCUUGGUCAAAACCUUAGUGGGUGGUGUCAAAACCAUUACCUGGGGUUUUGUUAGCUCCAAGUCUCCCUCAGUGGAUGUUACCAAAAUAAAGCAGGAUAAAAUCUUUCAACCCUAUGAGGUUAGCAUCUAUAUUGAUUUGGUACAUUGGGCCAUGGAGGCCUUAGAUAUUUAUUCCAUAAAUGCCUCAAAUCAAUUGAAACCCUCUGGUGGGGUGCCAAGGACCAAGGAGGAGAAGGAGGUUUUGGAACAUUUUAGUGGUAUUUUCCUUAUGAUGCAUCCACAAAAUUUCCAAGAAGUCUUUGCCACAACAAUUGAUUUUAUGGUCGAACGUAUACACAAAAAUCCUUCGCUGCAAAUUGUGGCGAAUUCCUUCCUAGCCAAUCCACAAACAUCACCCCUAUUCGCCACUGUCCUUGUCGAAUAUCUCUUGGGUAAAAUGCAUGAAAUGGGUACAAAUGUCGAAAGAUCAAAUCUUUAUUUACGUCUAUUUAAAUUGGUAUUUGGAAGUGUUAGUUUAUUUCCGGUGGAAAAUGAACAAAUGCUUAAACCUCAUCUACACAGUAUUGUUAAUCAAUCAAUGGAAUUGGCUUUGACGGCCGAGGAGCCUUAUAAUUAUUUCCUUCUCCUAAGAGCUCUAUUUCGUUCGAUUGGUGGCGGUUCCCAUGAUCUAUUGUAUCAGGAAUUUUUACCUUUAUUACCAAAUCUAUUGGAGGGUUUAAAUCGUCUACAAAGUGGUUUUCACAAACAGCAUAUGAAAGAUCUUUUUGUGGAGUUGUGUUUGACAGUGCCCGUUAGAUUGUCCUCAUUGCUGCCCUAUUUGCCCAUGUUAAUGGAUCCUUUGGUGUCGGCUCUAAAUGGUUCAGCGACUUUGGUUAGUCAGGGCCUUCGCACCUUGGAAUUAUGUGUGGAUAAUUUACAACCUGAUUUCCUGUAUGAUCACAUACAACCCGUACGAGCCGCCUUGAUGCAAGCCUUGUGGAAAACUUUACGCAAUCAAGAUAAUGCCGCCUUGGUGGCAUUCCGCGUCUUGGGUAAAUUCGGCGGUGGUAAUCGUAAAAUGAUGACCGAACCACAAUGUAUCCAGUACACCAACAGUGAAAUACAACCCACCUCCAUUGUGGCCUAUUUCCAAGAACAUGAAAAACCCAUAGACUUCCCCAUUGACAAAGCAAUUGAAACGGCCUUUAAUGCCCUUAGUUCCAAUGCCACGGAUUCUUUUUACCGCCGUCAAAGUUGGGAGGUGAUACGUUGCUAUUUGGCAGCAUCCAUAAAUCUCGAUGAUGAAAAACACACUCUCCAGAAAUUCUUUUUACAUCCCAGCUUCUUGGAAAACAAUAUCGUCAAUGUACCGGUAAAUCAAAAUAAAAUCGAAGAUUAUCAGGCAAGGAAAACACUACAAAAUGCCUUGACGGGAAUGUUUGUGGCCUCGGCAACAAAAGAUUUAAGAGAAUUUGUUUUCCCCAUUAUGGUGGCAAUUGCCAGACACUUUACCAUGAUUGCCAUUGCCCAGCAGGCCGGACCAUUUCCGGUUAAACAAUAUUAUUCGUUGAAUGGCAUUGAUCCCUUGGUUUUGGUUGAUGCCUUAGCCAUUUGUAUGGGCCACGAAGAGAAGGAAUUGUGUAAGCCAGGACAAUUAUGUAUUGGUUUGAUAUUGGAUACGGCAGCAAAUAUUUUGGGUAGCAAGGAGCGAGCCUGCCGUUUGCCAUUAAUGCAGUAUUUGGCGGAAAAAAUGACUGCCUUAUGUUAUGAACGGCCUUGGUAUGCCAAGGUGGGCGGUUGCAAGGCCAUACAAUUUUUGUAUCAACAUUUUUCACCACGUUCUUUGUACCAACACCUGUUCUCCUUUGUCAAGGCUUUUAUGUUUGUUUUAAUGGAUUUGGAGGGCGAAGUGUCGAAUGGAGCAAUUUACAUUGCCAAGACCAAUUUGAGAUCAUUACUGGAUCUUUGUAUGGCACCCAAGGAACAUGAAACAAGUGAAGAGAUAACAGCCAUCCGAACCAAGGCCACAUAUGAUGUGGUACAUGAGCUGUGUAGGCAGGUGACAAGUCCAAAUGCUUUGGUACGGCUGGAAUCCAUGGCAUCUUUGAAAUAUAUUGCCCAAUUACAAAAUCGUACGGUAUCUGAGGUCAUGGAUCCCCACAAAGAGGUAUUGGCUGAUAUUAUACCACCGAAAAAACAUUUGCUAAGACAUCAACCGGUUAAUGCCCAAAUUGGUUUAAUGGAUGGAAAUACAUUUUGUACCACCUUGGAGCCUAGACUGUUUACCAUUGACCUGAGCAACAGCUAUCAUAAAUUAUUUUUCCAUGAAUUACUAACUUUAUCCGAGGCGGAGGAUUCUACACUCAUGAAAUUGGAUUGUUAUAAAAAUGUUACGAAUUUGGUACCGCUAAGGAUUAGUGCUUUAAAGGCUCUGGCUGCUUGCCACUAUAUUACCGAUAGCCAACAUAAAGAUAAAAUCAUAAAUAUCCUUUUCAAAUUAAUGGAUCACAAGAAACCCGAACUGCAGGAGGCGGCCUUUAAAUGUAUGAAGAGAUUUAAUGCCGGCAUACAAAUUGAUAAAAAAGAAAUACACAAUUGUAUACGCCCACUUCUGAUGAUUUUGGGAGAUUAUCGUAAUCUGACUUUGACAGCCACCAAGAGGCUAUCGUAUUUUACACAACUAUUUCCACAUAUGUUCAAUGAGAAACUGAGUGAACAAAUCUUGGAGUUGUGCCGCAAUCUUUUGGAAAUGUCCAUACAGAUUUGUAAACAAGGACAACAGGGUGGUAAUUUCUUUGCUGCCAUUCGAGGUGGGGAAUAUGAGCAGAAGGUGGUUUGUCUCAUUGAAAUGUUCCACCAAAUUACCGCUGCCACUCCGAAAUAUAUUGAGAAUCUUUGUCAAUUGGUAUUGCAAACGGAAAAGAAUUUAAUGAUUGAAUCCUCUUCACCUUAUCGAGCUCCGUUACUGAAAUUCCUAUUACGUUUUCCCAAUCAAACUGUGGACUAUUUUCUCUCCGAUGUUUACAUUGUGGAUGCCCAAUGGAAUCGAUUUUUCAUUUAUCUACUAAAACACAAAGAUGGUAAACCAUUCCAUGCUGCCCUCAAGACACCAAAAUGUAUUAAGGCCCUGAUACGUUUAAUCAGCUGUGGUCAAAUCGAUGCCAGCAUUAUGAAUGAUGAACAAAAACAAGAAGUCCAGGAACAGGCCAUUAAAAUUGUCUACACUGUCAUGGAAUGUGAUGAUCAAUGGAUUGCUGUGCAAACGGAUCUAAUUAAUUGCCUAAAACAAUUGUGGCAAUAUAACUUGAGCAACAGCUGCCAGGAGAAUGUCAUUAGCUAUAAAUGGCAUUUGGUGGGAAAAAUCCUGCUGAAAUAUUUCUCCCACAAUACCAAUGAAAUUGAAUUACUUUUCCAACUAUCACGGGCAUUGUGUUUGCAUUUUAUACCCGACUUCUAUUUCCUGCGCGACUUUCUACAGAAUACAGUGGCCCAAAGUUACACGGUGUAUUGGAAACGCCAAGCCUUCUUUUAUUUUAUUGAGAAUUUCAAUAAUGCCUCCUUAUCUGAAGAGUUGAAGGCCAAAAUAAUUACCUCCAUAUUGAUACCUUGCUUUGUGGCCAGUUUUGAUAAGGGAGAGGGCAACAAAUUAAUUGGUGCACCACCCACACAGUUCCAGGAAGAUGAAACAAAUAUUGUUUCUGUUUUCAUCAACAGCAAGGUGUUUGAUCCUGAAAAGCCUUAUGCCAAGGAUGAUGCAGUACGCAUUGCCUUGCUACAAUUUGCCUGCCUGCUGGUGGAAAGGGCCUCGCAGCACAUACACGAUGGUGAUGCCAAUAAUCGCAUACAAGGCAAUAAGCUUAGACGUCUCAUGACCUUUGCCUGGCCCUGCUUGCUAAGUAAAAAUUCCGUAGAUCCCACAGCACGUUAUCAUGGGCAUUUGCUAUUGGCCCACAUUAUUGCCCGACUGGCCAUACACAAGAAAAUCGUACUCCAAGUAUUCCAUUCUCUACUCAAAGGCCAUGCCUUAGAGGCCCGUCCUGUGGUAAGACAAGCUUUGGAUGUUCUUACCCCAGCCAUGCCUCUCCGCAUGGAAGAUGGCAAUACCAUGUUAACCCAUUGGACCAAGAAAAUCAUUGUCGAAGAGGGUCAUUCAAUGCAGCAGCUAUUUCACAUUCUACAAUUAAUUGUACGCCACUACAAAGUCUAUUUCCCAGUACGUCAUCAAUUGGUUACUCAUUUGGUAAAUUAUAUGCAACGUUUGGGUUUUCCACCCAAUGCCUCAUUGGAACAUAAAAAACUAUCGGUCGAACUGGCCGAUGUCAUUAUCAAAUGGGAAUUACAACGCAUCAAAGAGGAUGAAACCGAGAGUAAACUAAAUGCCGAUGAUGAAAUGGAUGAUAAGACGGCAGUGAAACGGAAUGCGGGAGAUGAUUUUGUCGAAUCGCAUCGCAAGAAAUUGAACACAGAUGGCAGCACCUCUGAGGCCUCCAUAAGCUCCAAAAUGGAUGAGAGCAGCCGUUCAAUUGGCAAGGUCCACUGUGACACGGUCUUGAAUUUCCUUAUACGCCUGGCAUGCCAAGUCAAUGAUAAUCAACCGAGUAUUUUGAAUUCGGGUGAUAAUCUAUCAAGGAGAUGUAUAAUCCUGUUGAAAACUGCCAUGCGUCCCGAUGUCUGGCCUCAACCAUUUGAGCUGAAAUUAAAUUGGAUGGAUAAGAUUUUCACCACAAUUGAAUCUCCCCACACAAAUAUUAAUAACAUUUGUACAGCCUUGGACUUUUUAACCUUUUUGAGUACGAUUAUGAAACCCGAACAGCUACUGGCCAUUAUUAGGCCCAUACAAAAAGGCCUCUCAGCCUGUAUUAUACAUCAAAAUACGAAAAUUGUACGCCUAAUGCAUGGUUUGAUAACUCGCCUUAUGACCAUCUUUCCACCCGAUGCCCAACAUAAAAAUGAAGAUUUAGAUAUUCUGUAUACGGCCAUAAGUAAAAUGAUUGCGGACAAUUUAAAUUUCUACGAGAAGAGUCAACAACCAAAUCCUUCAUCGCUAUUUGGCACUCUAAUGAUCCUCAAGGCAUGUUGUGUUAACAAUCCCGAUUAUAUCGAUCGUUUAAUGGUACAAUUUAUAAGAGUGCUGAAUCGUUUGACCAAGGAUCACAUUGCCAUGCAAAAUAAUACCCAGGCCAUGAAUCCCUCUGUGGAGGGUAAUCAUUUGUCUUUGGAGCUGUUGAUAUUAUCCUUGGAUAUGAUUAAAAAUCGUAUUGUCAUCAUGAGUGUGGAGGUUAGGAAGCUGCUGAUUGGUAGCAUAAUUGUCAGCCUUAUUGAAAAGAGUAUGGAUGCGAAGAUCAUUAAGUGUAUCAUUAAAAUGCUUGACGAUUGGGUAAGGGUAAAGGAUCAAAAUAUUGUGGUGCAAAUACCAUCGAUAAGGGAGAAAUCGGUAUUGCUUGUGAAGCUAAUGCAAUGUGUGGAGAAAAAGUUUUCCGAUGAAAGUGAACUGCACAUACAAUUUUUGGAAAUGAUAAACUAUAUUUAUCGUGAUGAACAUUUGAAACAAUCGGAAUUGAGUGCCAAAUUGGAGGGUGCCUUCUUAACUGGCCUGCGUAGUCAAAAUCCCACAAUACGUGCCAAGUUCUUUGAAAUUAUCGAUGCCUCAAUGCGUAGACGUCUGCAUGAUCGUUUGUUGUAUAUCAUUUGUUCGCAGGCCUGGGAUUCAAUUGGUACACAUUAUUGGAUAAAGCAGUGUAUUGAAUUAUUGGUCCUGACCGCCAAUACCAUGACCGCAAUACAAAAUUCAAAUGAUAUGCACAAGAUACCAAGUAUCACUUCGAUUAUCAACAUGGCCGAUAAUGAGGAGAAAAGUCAAUUUGUCAUCUACACCUCAUCGUCGCAAUCCGAUUGCAUGGAUAUGCCACAGAGUGUUGACGAUAAGGAUGAAGAAUUUGAUGUGGAUGUUAAUUUGGAAUUUAUUAACUCACAAAAUGAACAACCCGAUACUGAGAGGUUAUUACCAGCAAGAAAAAUGAAAAUCUGCAAACUAAUAAAUCGUCAAAUUGAAUUUUUGGAAAUCAAUCGUAAAAUACGCACCGAUCAAUUGCUGGUGGCCACAUCACAAUUAUGUCACAUGGACACCACUUUAGCGGAAUCUGUAUGGUUGGCAAUUUUCCCCAGAAUCUGGAAUAUUUUCAAUGCCGAUCAACAGCAAACAAUUAUCAAAGAAGUUAUACCCUUCUUGGCAUCCGGCACAAAUAUCAUACAAAAAGAUUGUUCACCCAGUGCCAUCAACACUUUUGUUGAGGGUCUAACACACUGCAACCCUAAAAUAUAUAUACCACCCAAUGUCUGCACAUACCUGGGUAAGGCCCACAAUCUAUGGCAUCGCAUGACUUUGGUGCUCGAAGAAAUGGCCGCCAAAGCCAAUCCGAGUAAUCAAACCAAUUUUAUGGACUACUGUGAUCAGCAACAACAUGACUACAAUGGCAAUCAAGCCACGGUCCAUGACUCGCUAUCACUCAUGUAUUCCGCCAUGCAUGAAGAAGAUUUAUGGGCGGGGCUUUGGAUGAAAUAUGCCCAAUAUGCUGAGACCAACUUAGCCAUUGCCUAUGAACAAAUGGGUUUCUUCGAAGAAGCUCAAGGGGCCUACGACUUAGUAAUGUCUAAAUUUAAAGAGGACCUCACCAAUGGCCAGUGUAAUUCCCACAUGAACAGUGAAAUUGCCCUAUGGGAAAAUCAUUGGAUCCGCUGUGCCAAGGAAUUAAAUCAAUGGGAUAUCCUGCUAGAUUAUGCCCAAACUAAUCGCGAACAACAUGAAAUACUUAUUAUGGAAAGCGCCUGGCGGGUGCCCGAUUGGAAUCUAAUGAAAAAAGCUCUACUGAAAAUUGAACAAGCCUAUUCCAAACAAUAUGGCUAUAAGGUUCAUUUAUAUAAAGGCUUCUUGGCCAUUCUACAUCCUGAAGAUCGCCAAUUGGCUAGUGUUGAAAAAUAUGUGGAAAUCGCUUCCGGCCUAUGCAUUCGCGAAUGGCGUCGUUUACCCCACAUUGUAUCACACAUACACUUACAAUAUCUACAGGCCGCCCAGCAAAUAAUCGAACUACACGAAGCCAGUCAAAUACAUCAGGGAUUAUUGCAAUCCCGCAAUACCUCUCUGCAUGACAUGAAGGCCAUUGUCAAGACAUGGAGAAAUCGUUUACCGGUCAUUGCCGAUGAUCUAUCACAUUGGUCGGAUAUAUUUACAUGGCGUCAACAUCAUUAUCAAAUUAUAACACAACAUUUGGAACAGCAACCGGAUCAGGGCAAUACCAUGUUGGGAGUGCAUGCCUCGGCACAGGCCAUCAUUUAUUUUGGUAAAAUUGCCAGGAAGCAUAAUUUGACGGGUGUUUGCCAGGAGACACUGUCGAGGAUUUAUACAAUACCCUCGGUGCCGAUUGUCGAUUGUUUCCAGAAAAUACGCCAACAGGUGAAAUGCUACAUACAAACAGCCUCCUUGGCGGGACGCAAUGAUCUAAACGAAGCCCUCGAAGUUAUUGAAUCGACAAAUCUAAAAUAUUUCACAGCUGAAAUGAAUGCAGAAUUUUAUGCGCUGAAAGGUUUACUUUUGGCCAAAAUUGGACGUACCGAUGAAGCGGCCAAGGCAUUUAGUGCUGCUGUACAGCUACAUGAUGGUCUGACCAAAGCCUGGGCAAUGUGGGGUGAUUUUAUGGAACAUUUAUUCUUGCGCGAUAAACAAAUCUCUUUGGGUGUUAGUGCAUUGACAUGCUACCUGCAUGCCUGUCGUCAUCAGAGUGAAAGUAAAACCAGGAAAUAUUUGGCUAAAGUUUUGUGGUUCUUAUCGUAUGACAGCAAUAACACCUUGAUGGGUACUUUGGAGAAAUAUGUUGUCGGGGUGCCACCAUCGUACUGGUUGCCGUGGAUACCACAGCUGCUGUGUUGUCUGGUACAAUAUGAGAGUAAUGUUAUAUUGAAUCUACUGAGUCAUGUGGGUCGCUUAUAUCCCCAGGCCGUGUAUUUCCCCAUACGUACCCUAUAUCUAACAUUGAAAAUCGAGCAACGUGAAAAGCACAAGACUGCUGAACAGGCCUCUGGUAGGCCUCAUAAUCAUCCCAAUUUGGAAAACAAUAUGAAUCAAGUAUUCACCAACACCUCUGGACAAUCUGGUUCAAAUUCCGUUAAUCCCAUCAAAGCCACUCCACCAAUGUGGCGUUGUUCGAAGGUGAUGCACGUACAACGUGAGAUACACCCAACCAUUCUAAGCUCUCUGGAGGGUAUUGUUGAUCAAAUGGUUUGGUUUAGAGAAUCAUGGACCGAAGAAGUUUUACGCCAGCUGCGACAAGGUCUUAUUAAAUGUUACGCCAUUGCUUUUGAGACACGCAGCACAGUGAAUGAGGCCACCAUCACACCGCACACUUUACACUUUGUCAAAAAAUUAGGUUCCACUUUUGGUAUCGGCAUCGAAAACAUUCCCGGUUCUGUCGCCUCGUCAGCCUCAAAUUCUGCCGCCUCAGAAUCAUUGGCCCGACGUGCUCAAGUAACCUUCCAAGAUCCUGCCUUCCAAAUGAUGAAAGAACAAUUUACACGAGAUUUUGAUUUCUCCAAACCGGAUGCCAUGAAGCUGCACAAUUUAAUUACAAAACUCAAAACCUGGAUCAAGGCUUUGGAGAAUAAAGUCAAGAAGUUACCCACCUCAUUCCUUAUCGAAGAUAAAUGCCGUUUCCUUUCGAAUUUCAGUCAAAAAACUGCUGAAGUUGAAUUACCCGGAGAAUUUCUCAUACCCUCCUCUUCGCAUUAUCACAUACGCAUCUCCCGCUUUAUGCCACGUGUUGAAAUUGUACAAAAGAAUAACACAGCAGCCAGACGCCUGCACAUACGCGGCACAAAUGGUAAAAUCUAUCCAUAUUUGGUUGUCAUCGAUACAGGAUUGGGUGAUGCUCGCCGCGAAGAAAGAGUUCUACAACUCCUACGAAUGCUCAAUUACUAUUUGGAAAAACAAAAAGAAACCACACGACGUUUCUUGAAUAUUACCGUUCCCCGAGUGGUACCCAUUUCACCGCAAAUGCGUUUGGCCGAAGAUAACCCAGCUAGCAUUUCGUUAUAUGAAAUCUAUAAAAGCACCUGUGCCAAAAUGGAUGUUGAACAUGAUUUGCCAAUUAUGAAAUAUUAUGAACGUCUCUCCGAGGUGCAAUCGCAGGGUGCUCAAAUAACCCAUGCCAUCUUGAGAGAUAUUUUCCAAGAAAUUCAAAACAAAAUGGUACCCAAAACGCUGUUCAAACAAUGGGCCGUCAAGACAUUUGUAUCGGCAACUGAUUUUUGGCAAUUCCGUAAAAUGAUGACAUUACAAAUGGCCUUGGCAUUUAUCUGUGAAUAUGCUUUGCAUUUAACCCGCCUCAAUACCGAUAUGAUCUACAUCCAUCAAGAUUCGGGCCUAAUUAAUGUUUCCUAUUUCAAAUUCGAUAUUAAUGAUGAAAAAGAAGAAUUGGAUCACAGUCGUCCGGUACCGUUCCGUUUAACACCCAAUAUUGCUGAAUUUCUGACAAAUAUUGGCAUUUCAGGACCCCUGUCGGCGGCAAUUAUUGCCACCGCUCGUUGUUUUGUCCAUCCGAAUUAUAAAUUAUGUUCAAUUUUGCGUACAAUAUUACGUGAUGAAAUCAUAGCAUUCCAUAAGAAACGAAUGCGUGACAAUAAACCCAUAGAUACUAUGGAAGAUCCGGCAGCCGAUGCUAAUGCCAAUGAAAAUAUGAUACAUUUGGUUAAUAAAUCGGUUAGUGCGAUCCUAAGUCGCCUUAAUACCAUUUCAUAUUUCGAUAAUAUUGAAUCGAAGAAAAUUUCGUUGUUGCUGCAACAGGCCACAAAUCAUGAUAAUUUGUGUCGCAUGGAUCCGGCAUGGCAUCCAUGGUUAUAG